GCACAAAAUCACCGAAAAAUGGGAAAUCAAGUGAGUUAUGAUGAAAUUGAUCAAAUAAUGGUAGAGGCAUGGGGAGGAAGUGGUGGAUCAGAAUGGAAUUACAAGUUUAAAAGUCCAAUUAAAGAGAUAUUGAUAAAUCAUGGAGAAAUUAUAGACUCCAUCAUGUUUAUUACUAUAAAUGAACAAGGAGGUACAAUAGAAUCACCAAGAUUUGGUGGCAAUGGAGGUCGAAGAGACAAGGUUGUUAUUGAGGCGGCUCCGUUGGAAUUUUUGAGAGGGAUCAAGGGUACAUAUGGAAAUUAUGGUGGCAAAUUGGUUGUAAAAUCUCUAAGUUUUAUAACAAAUGGAAAGAAUAUUUAUGGACCAUUUGGUAAAGAGGCUGGUGGAACUCCAUUUUCAUUUGUGAUGAAAGAAGGUGGAGCUAUUGUUGGAUUACAUGGGCGAGCUGGCUCAUACCUCGAUGCUAUUGGUAUUUAUUUGAAGAAACUAACUUCAUCAAAAGAAGAUGAGAAAAAAGUUGAGCCAAAUGAACCAAUGGUGGAAGAAAUUGAAAUCCAUGACAAAAUGGAUGUGAUGAAGACUAUUGUGCCAAGAAGUGCUGGACCUUGGGGUGGAUGUAGUGGAAAAGGUUGGGAUGAUGGAGUAUUUUGUACUAUAAAACAAGUUCAAGUUCAUGAGGCUUUACAUUACUCAGCUAUAUCAGCAAUUCAAAUCGAGUAUGAAAAGAAAUUAGAUAAAACAUCAUUUUGGUCACAACUUCAUGGUCUUGAACCUGGGGCAGAAAGAAUUAUAAAGAUAAACGUUGAUGGUACCGAUGAAUUCUUUAUUGGAAUCGAAGGAUAUUAUAGUCCAUUGGAUCAAAAUGGAGGCCAAGACACAAUAAGACAAAUUACAUUUUAUACAAAUAAAGAAAAAUAUGGACCUUAUGGAAUUGAAAUUGGAACUUAUUUUAGCUCCUCAGCAGCUAGAGGGAAAAUUGUUGGUUUUCAUGGAAAAAGUGGUGUUUUCUUGAAUGCUAUUGGUGUCCAUAUGGAAUAUUUCUAAUUCCUCUUCAUGUGUAAGAUCUUCAAUAAUGUGAAAAAUAGGAGGAAUAAAGACUAUAAUAUACUAUAUGAACGUCAGGUGAUAGUAAGAUAUCAGUUCCAUUUUAUUCUCCUUAUCAUAAUAUAUACUCAUGCUAGCUACA